UCCACUUCCGGCACACUUCCUGUUCGUUGCAGUGCUGGAUAGUUUUACUAAUAUUAGUUACCAACAUUUAUUUCCCAACAUUAUAAGUACAAAUAGUUACAUGUUGUCAUGGACACCGAGUUGACUUUCUCUUCUCGCCGGUCACCAGUAGUGAGUUUGCACGGCUGCGUGGCGUCCAGCCAACAACUCGCCUCGACUGUGGGACUAGAUGUGCUAAAGCAAGGCGGCAAUGCUGCAGAUGCUGCGGUUGCCAUAGCAGCGGCGCUGGCAGUGACCGAGCCAUGCAGCACGGGUCUUGGCGGGGACGCCUUCUGCCUGUUCUUCAACGGCAACACUGGUGAGAUCAGAGGAAUAAAUGGCAGUGGCCGUACACCCAGAGGUCACACUUUGGACUUCCUGUUAAGCAGAGGGUACAGCGCUGAGGCCCCUCCUCCAGCAUUUGAUGUGCUGAAUGUUACAGUGCCGGGGGCAGCUGCUUGCUGGUGGGAUACGGUUCAGCUGUUUGGUAGCCACAAGCUGUCCUUACAGGAGGUGCUCAAUGGAGCAGUGGAACUGGCUGAGGAGGGGUUUCCUGUUGCUGAAGUGACCGCUCACCUCUGGGCACACUCGUUGGCUGAGCUACGGGAUGCAGGGAGGGACCUCGGUGGAGACCUGCUGAUCCACGGUCACCCUCCCAAACAUGGACAAGUAUUCAAAAACCCCUUCCUCGCCCGAACUCUUAAGGAGUUUGGGGAGCGUGGAAAAGAAGCAAUCUACCAGGGCAGAGUGGCUCAAGCCACCGUUGACAUUAUCGCCCAACAUGGAGGAGUCAUGACCUUGGAUGACCUCAAAAGUCACCAAAGUGAGUUGGUCACUCCCAUCAGUACAACGUACAAGGGUGUGCGUCUAUGGGAGCCUCCUCCCAACAGUCAAGGCUUGGCUGCCCUGCUGCUGCUCAACAUCCUGGAGAACUUUCCUCUCAAAGACUUAGGUCACAAUAGUUCAGACUACAUCCAUAUUUUGGUGGAGGCUGUCCGCUUGGCCCAAACAGACGCUUCGCAUUACGUGGGCGACCCGGACCAUGCCACCGUUCCCGUGAAAGCCCUCUUGAACAAAAGCUGCAGCCGCCAACGGUCAAAGCUCAUCCGCAUGGACAGGUUCAUGGAAGGUGUGGAGGCAGUCCCGAUGACCGGAAGUGACACAGUGUAUUUCUGUGUGGUUGACUGUCAGGGGAAUGCCUGUUCUUUUAUCAACAGCACAUAUCACUGCUUUGGAACUGGGCUUGUCCCGAAGGAUUGCGGUUUCUCUCUACAGAAUCGUGGCGCCGGCUUGUCUCUUCAACAUAACCAUGUAAAUUGUGUGGCUGGUGGAAAACGGCCUUUUCAUACCAUAAUACCUGCACUUGUCACUGAUUGUGCAACUGACCCCCAGACACCCCGCCUCCUUGCCUCCUUGGGAGUGAUGGGUGGUAUGAUGCAACCGCAAGGACAUGUUCAGGUUUUGUUUAACAUGCUGGAGUUUGGGAUGAAUCCACAGCAAGCCCUUGAUUCACCAAGAGUCUUUGUGAAGUAUGACCACAAAGAAAAUCAGUGGUCUGUAAAUCUUGAGGAAGGCAUCAAGCCGGAGGUGGCUGACGCUCUAAGAAGACGGGGUCAUAAAGUCAACUGGCCAGUCACAGGCCACAAAAGGUCUGAGUUUGGCAGGGGACAGAUCAUCACAGUAGGAGAUUGGUGGAACCCGUCUGUCAAUCACAAAACUCACCCGACCAAGGUCCUGUGGGCAGGAUCAGACCCCCGAUCAGAUGGAUGUGCUAUGGGAUACUAAACUGAUUUGAUAAGAAGAAGACUGCCAGACGCCUCUCGGUAAACAAUGACCUCAUUCAUUCAACUUCUUAACUAUACAUUCUGUACAUGUAUUCAAUUUGUACGCGUGUUGGCUACUAGACUACGGUUAGAUGUUUUCAAUCAAAGUACAAUAUUAGAGUGUUUUUAGAUUAAAAAAUAUAGUAUGUUUAAAAUUGUUUAUCUGUUGCCUGGUGAGUUUUUCCAUAGUUCAUUUUUGUAUUGAUUUGAUCAAUUUGUACCUAGUAAAGAAAUCAUCCAUUCAAAGAGAACUGCACUUUUUUGGGGGAAUUUUGUCUUUUGUUCACAAUCGUGAGAGACAAGAACACACCAUAAUAAAAUCCUCCAUCAACGUUUUAUAUACACACUGCCAGUUUAUACAGUCGCGAUCAAAAGUUUACAUACACUUGUAAAGAACAUCAUGUCAUGGCUGUCUUGA